UUUCAGAAACAAACAGCUAUAUCUGGUGAUUUUGCCAAACUAACCCAAAUAAGCGGGAACUCUGAUGAAGUAGUGGUUGACGUGGGAAUUCAAAAACCGACGGACGCAACCAAUUCAGGUGUUCCGAGAAGUAGAAAGAGUUCACUUGGUUCGAAUUUUGUCAAAUAUAUACAUUUUUCUACUAAUUGAUGGAUGAACCACCAUCAAAAAAAUCUCGCGCUGAUAGCGACUAUGAUUCUGGGUUAGAUGCGCUAAGUGCUCUCGAAAGUCUCGAAGCAUUCCCAACUUCUAGUAAAGAUACAGAUGUAGACAAUAAUCCAAGCACAUCAGCUGGAGGAUCCGGUGGUCCUUCUGGCUCGACACCUCAUCCACAAGGCACUCCACAACCAGCACCAUCAAACAAUGGCGGGUUCAAUCUACAACCAGGACAGUCGCAACCUCAGCAGCCGCCACAGAAUAUGGGAGGAGGUGUCAAUGGAUCAGUGCUUCAAGAACUUCUAAUGAAUCCAUCACAAACGUCGAACAAUUCACCUCGGCCGCAGGCAUAUCCGCCUGGACAGCAAAAUGCAUUUAAUAGGAGUCCAAUGAUGCCAAAUGGUACACCGAAUAUGAUGUCACCUCCAUCUAUGGGUCGAGUGCCGGGGCCCAGUCCUGGAGGUCCACAACCACCAGGCCCAGGCCAACCACAAAUGCGACCAGGCCAACCAGGAAUGUUCCAAGGAGAUCAGCAACAGCAAAUGAUGAUGGGUGCACAAGGACAACAAUUCCCAGGAAUGAUGCAUCGAUAUCCGUACGCACAAGGUGGUCCUCCACCAGGAGCCCAGGGAAUGCCUCAAGGAUAUCCAGGAGUUAGUCGGGGCGGACCAACUCCUGGACAACCCAUGGGACGUGGUGCUAUGAUGAAUGGAGCAAUGCCAAGAAGUGGACCAAUGCCGACACAAGGAAGACCUGGAAUACCUCCAAACCAACAAGCAAUGAUGCAGCCAAUGAUGACUGAUCGGCAGUUUAUGCAACACGGACAAUAUGGUCAGCAGCGACCAGAAUUUAUGCAACAAUAUGGUCGUCCCGGUGGAUAUCCAAUGAUGCAUCAAGGGAUGAUGAUGGACAGUAAUGGUCAACCGAUUCGAGGCCCGAAUCAAAUGAUGAUGAUGAGCAAUGGGCAUCCAGGAAUGUCACACGGUCCUCCAAAUGGUCAACCUGGACCACAAGCUGCUGCAGCACAACACGCUGCUCAACAGCAAGCUGCUGCACAAGCUCAAGCUCAGGCGGCUGCACAACAACAACAGCAGCAACAACGAGAGCAAGAAGCUGCGGCGGCAGCUCAACGAAAUGGUGCUGGAAGGGCGACAACUCCUGGAUCAAGCAUGCUUGCAACGCAUCAAGAUCCCGAGAAGCGGAAGCUUAUUCAGCAACAACUUGUUCUAUUACUUCAUGCACACAAAUGUUCUCAACGUGAGAAGGAAAAUCGUGAUUUCGCUGCGAAGAAUCAACCACCUCCACAUGCUGCCUGUACAUUACCCCAUUGCUCAACGAUGAAAGAAGUAUUGACACACAUGACAAGCUGCAAUGUUGGUCGUUUAUGUCAUUCCGAUACCACACAAACUACAAAAAAAUGUUCAGUCGCUCAUUGUGCAUCGUCUCGCCAAAUAAUAGCUCACUGGAAAAACUGCUCAAGGGAAGAUUGUCCUGUCUGCAAACCACUCAAAAGGAUACAAGAUACUCCAUUACAAUUUUCAUUGCCCGAUCUUGCAAAUCUAAUAGGAGUCAACGGGAAUUCGAACGGAAGCGCAGAAGGUGAUGGACUUCAUCAGUUUGGAUCGCCAGCGAUGCGAACUGGAAAUAUUACAAAUUCUCUAUUCGAAGGAUUCAAUGGCAAUCCAUUCCAAAACGGACCAAAUCGUGGAGGACCGAGACCACCUGGUGGAAAUGGAGAAAUUCCAAACUUGCCACCACCAGAUAUGCCAGAUUGUACGAAAGAAUGGCAUCAUCAAGUCACAAAAGAUCUCAGAAAUCACCUUGUCGGAAAAUUGGUUAAAGCGAUUUUCCCGGAACCGAAUCAGGAAGCGAUGAAUGAUAAUCGGUUAAAAGAUUUGAUAGCCUAUGCCAGAAAAGUCGAAAAAGAGAUGUUUGAAUCUGCAAAUGACAGAGAAGAGUAUUAUCAUUUGUUGGCUGAGAAAAUUUACAAGAUACAAAAAGAGCUUCAAGAGAAAAAGAAUUCAAGACUCAAUCAAGGAGCUGCUGCACAUGAUCAAUACGCAAUUCCACCGUCGAACGAGCUCGCUCAGAUGCUUGGUGUGGAAGGUGGACGUAGUGAUGUUCAUUCUGAAGGAAGUAGUAUGGCAGUUGCACCAAGUCAACAAAAUCAACCAUGGGGAGGUGCUCCGAAUUCCAACAUGCAUCAGCAGAUUCCUCCGAAUGGACAAGUUCCACAGGUCAAUAAUUCUUCGACAUUCCCGUCAAGUGGUAACAGCACUCCAAACAUCGGAGCUUCAUCUACUGUCAGUGCUAUGCUGCAACCGAAAACUGAACCCAUGGACGAUCAGAAUACAGAUUCGUUAAGUUCAAGACCACCAACGGCUAUUGGAUUCGGUGGCUCGAGCUCAUCAACGCCAGCUCCAAUUAUGAACGGAAUUGUUAAGAAGGAAGAAGAUCCUGAAGAGUCUUCAAAUCAAGCUCCUCCAUCAGUUAAGGAUACUAAGGAUGGUGUAGCUGAAUCGAAACCUAAAGAGCAACAAGCAAAGCGAGAACCUACCCCGCCACCAACUGAAGAUACAGUGUUCAGUCAAGAGGAUCUUAUAAAAUUCUUGCUUCCUGUAUGGGAGAAGCUAGAUAAAUCCGAAGACGCUGCACCAUUCCGAGUUCCAGUCGAUGCAAAACUUUUAAAUAUUCCCGAUUAUCACGAGAUCAUCAAGCGCCCAAUGGAUUUGGAAACCGUUCACAAGAAAUUGUAUGCGGGUCAGUAUCAAAACGCUGGUCAAUUCUGUGAUGACAUUUGGCUGAUGCUUGACAAUGCUUGGCUGUAUAACAGAAAGAACAGUAAAGUAUACAAAUACGGUCUUAAGCUGUCGGAAAUGUUUGUGAGUGAAAUGGAUCCAGUGAUGAAGAGUAUGGGAUACUGUUGUGCCAAGAAACUUGCAUUCACACCUCUUUCAUUGUUCUGUUACGGUGCAGCAAUGUGCACGAUAGCCAGAGAACAGCAAUACUGGGUAUUCGAACAAAGUUCUACGCAGUACAAUGUGACAGUUACGGAGAGAUAUACUUAUUGUCAGAAAUGUUUCGAUGCUCUUCCUCCUGAAGGAAUAUCACUUUCCGAAAAUCCCAACGAUCGAAACAACAUGGCACCGAAAACAUCGUUUACGGAACAGAAGAACAGUGUUAUUGAUUAUGAGCCUUUCGAGAGAUGUAAAUAUUGUAUGAGGAAAUGGCAUCGGAUAUGUGCACUUCAUGAUAAGAAAGUUUAUCCAGAAGGAUUUAUAUGCGAAUGUUGCCGGACUGCUAAGAAAUAUCAAAAGCCAGAUAACAAGUAUCUUGCUAGCAAAUUGCCACAUAAUAAGCUGUCUACAUUCCUCGAAGAUCGUGUCAACGGUUUCAUAAAGAAGCAGUUACAAGCAGAAGCUCACAAGUAUCCAGUCAUCAUUCGAACACUAUGUGUACAGGAUAAAGAAGCAGAAGUCAAAGCGCAGAUGAAACAGAAGUACGUGGAGAGCAAUCAAUUCCCUGAAAAGUUCCCCUAUCGCACAAAGGCAGUUUUUGCCUUCGAGAUCAUUGAUGGAGUCGAAGUGUGUUUCUUUGGUCUUCACGUACAGGAGUACGGUAGUGCAUGUCCUGCUCCAAAUGCUCGACGUGUCUACAUUGCCUAUCUCGAUUCUGUUCACUUCUUCCAGCCAAGGGAGCUGAGAACCGAUGUGUAUCACGAACUUCUUUUGGGUUAUUUGGAUUACGCGAAGAUGCUGGGCUACACAAUGGCUCAUAUUUGGGCGUGUCCACCAUCAGAAGGAGAUGACUACAUCUUCCACUGCCAUCCACCAGAGCAAAAGAUUCCAAAGCCGAAGCGUCUCCAGGAUUGGUACAAAAAGAUGUUGGAGAAGGGAGUGCAGGAGGGAAGUGUCGUUGAAUUUAAGGAUAUAUACAAGCAAGCAAGAGAUGAUAAUCUGACAACUCCAACUCAGUUGCCUUAUUUCGAAGGAGAUUUCUGGCCGAAUGUGAUUGAAGAUUGUAUACGUGAAGCAUCGAACGAGGAAGCUCAGAGAAAAGUGAAAGAAGAUGAUGAUGAUGGUGAAGAUGCGGAUGGUGGGCUCGGAGGUGGUGAUAGCGGCAAGAAGAAGAGCUCGAAAAACAAAAAGAAUAACUUGAAGAAGAAUGCCAAAAUGAAUAAGAAGAAGGCUGGAAGUAUUACUGGAAACGAAGUUGCUGACAAGCUUUACUCGCAAUUCGAGAAGCACAAAGAAGUAUUCUUCACGAUUCGUCUGGUCAGUCUUCAGAAUGAGCCAGCCGUGCUCGCAAAGCCUAUCAGCGAUCCAGAUGGUUUGAUGCAAUCAGAUAUGAUGGAUGGGCGUGAUACGUUCCUCACAAAAGCAAGAGAAGAGCAUUGGGAGUUUUCUUCAUUGAGAAGAGCAAAGUAUUCAACACUUUGUCUUGCAUAUUCUCUUCAUGAAACCGAUUCCAAAGGAAUGGAGUACACCUGUAACAAGUGUAGCAGUCCUGCUGUCUGGCAUUGCCAAAGCUGUGAUGACUUUGAUCUUUGCGAUGGCUGCAAGCCAACAACACAACAUCCUCAUGAAAUGGAGAAGAUCAAGUCACUUAUCGGCGGUGGAGAAGCUGGUGAUAGCGCUGCUGGUGGAACACGAUAUGAAAGUAUACAACGAUGCAUCGCUUCACUGGUUCAUGCUUGCCAAUGCCGUGAUGCUAACUGCCGUCGUAUGUCGUGUCACAAGAUGAAGCGUGUUGUUCAACACACGAAAAUGUGCAAGAAGAGGAUCAAUGGAACUUGUCCAGUAUGCAAGCAACUCAUAGCAUUGUGCUGCUAUCAUGCCAAACAUUGUACUCGAGAUGCUUGUACGGUUCCAUUCUGUAUGAACAUUCGUCAGAAGCUCGCCGAGCAGAAGCGAUCGCAACAACGAAGAGCUGAUAUGAUGAUGAGACGAAGAAUGGAAGGGCUUCAAUCCCAUGUUGGUGGAGCGGCUCCAACUCCGAGUACAGUAUCUAAUGGAACUCCCAGUAAUGCGCCAACACCACCUGUAAGUGCUGGACCUGGUCCCGCUGUGAAAGGAGGUGGAGUUGGACAAGUACAAAUGCAACAACAUCAAGGAAGUCAUGUGGGUGGAUCAGGGCCUGCAGGAAUGGGACAACCAAUGAACAGUUUUGGUGGAAUGCCUGGAAUGGGUCUUGGUCCAAACGCGCAAAAUGGGCCUGGAUUGCCUGGGAUGAACCCACAAAUGAACGCGAAUCAGAGUCGAUAUAUGCCUAAUGGACCAGGAUUGGGUCAGUCUGGAGCUCCGGGACAACAACAGCAGCCAAUGUAUUCUUCUGGUAUGCCAAUGCAACGUCCAGGUGGACUUGGUGGAAUGAAUCCUCAACAACAACCACAACAACAACAAGGUCAUCCUGGACUUCAAAAUCCAGGUGGUCGUCCUGGGGGAGUUCAUGGAAUGGGUCAAAAUCAGCCAGUCAGAAAUAACCAAGAUAUGGUAAUGAACAUGCAAAUGCAAAAUCAACACCAACAGCCACCACCUUUCGAUUCCACAUUGCAACCGCAAAUAAUGAAGAUCAAUUCUCGACUGAAGGCAGCGAAAACGGAGGAAGAACGGGAAACUGUAUUUUCAGACCUUAAGAAGACUCCACAUUUGUUCCAUGCUUGGCUUAGGAUGCGGGAAAAUCAAAAUUUGGUGCCUAAUCGAAUGCAAGGAUAUUCGCAAAUGUCAAUGGGUUCUUCGAAUCUUCAAAACUUGCAGCAGCAGCAGCUUCAACAACAGCAAGCCGGUGCGAUGCGUGGUGGUGGAGGAUUUGCCCCUGGACAAAACAAUUCUCAACCUCGUGCACCAAGUGGCCAGUUUGCAUCGAUGAAUCCAUCAAUGCAGCAGCAGUAUCCUCAGCAACAACAGGGAUGGCCUCAACAGCGGCAGCAGAAUCCUGGUGGGAUGCAGCAAAAUGCUAAUCCGUACAAUCAGUUCCAAAAUCGGCAAAAUAUGAUGAUGAUGCCACAACAACAACAGCCUCAUCCAUCUAACGCUGGCGGUCAAUAAUGUCUCGAUUUAGUUCUUAUUCCUUUCCUGUUCAUAUUUCCUGUUCAUCAUCAUCACCCUUACCCGCGUUUGCUCAUCCAUGUGAUCUUAAGUCCGUUCUCCAUCCAAAUCUCUGAUCGUAUAUAUAUCUCACAAAUUACGUGUAAUACACUCUUCCACAUGUCUCUCCAUGAAUUUUUAUUCUCGUCUCGAUUUCCGACCUAAAUCUGUGAUAUCUCGGCAGCUCACUCCCAAUCCCCCUAAUGCACCCAGUAAAUACCUCAAAUGUGUACGUGUACUCCUCAAACCGAUCAUUGUAGAUGGCUUCCUGCCCUUCCAACCAAUUGUUUCUGGACCAUCUACACCCAAAAUUGUCUGUAUAGAGUUGACCCCAAUUAACCCAUCCCAAAAUUGAUUACGGGCACAUUAUUUUAUUCAUCUAGCCACAAGAAUCCAGAAAACGUGAUGACCUCAAAACAUCAUCAAAAUGCUAUAUUCCCAUCUUUCAUGUCCUCUUUACAGACACUUUCAGAUCGUUGCUCAUAUUUGCUCUUUUUUGUUUUAAAUCUACGCAUUGAUUGCCCUCGUUUUUUGUAUUUUCCUUUUUUUCUGAAUAGGUCAUUGUUACGUUGUUGUUCUGAAUGCGCAGUGAUUUGAGUAGUCGUCCGAUGUCUUGAUAACUCCGCCCCCAAUACCAUCUAUGUUUUCAAGGCUCAGUCGACUAUUUUUAUCAUUCAAGCGCUUAGGAAUCGCUCUAAAAGCUCAUUAAUCUGGUGUCUAUUCCCAAAAAAUUUAUCACCAUCAAAUUUCGUAUUAUUAUAUUUUUGUAUCCGAUUUUCUGAUGAUGCAUAGCCGUCCUAGAUGUGUAUUAUUUUUCUUUCUCGUUAACAAUUAAAUAUUUUCAAUUAUU